ACGCCCCCUGCGGCCUCCAGACCUGCGGAGACACGCCCCCUCCCGCCUCUCCGCCUCGACCCCUUCGGGGGGCCCAGGCGGAGCCCAAAUCUCCGCCGGCGCCGCCGCCAUCGUCUGUGCCGCGUUCCUAGCUCGGCGAAGGACAGGCCACGCACUGGGACCCCCAUCGACUUCUGAGGUGCCAAGAUGGUAGGGGAACUCCGUUACCGGGAAUUCAGGGUGCCCCUGGGGCCUGGCUUGCACGCUUAUCCGGACGAGCUGAUCCGCCAGCGAGUGGGCCAUGAUGGGCAUCCUGAGUACCAGAUCCGCUGGCUCAUCCUCCGGCGUGGGGAUGACGGGGAAGGGGGCUCCAACCACGUGGACUGCAAGGCUGAGCACAUCCUGCUAUGGAUGUCCAAUGAUGAAAUCUAUGCCAAUUGCCACAAGAUGCUGGGCGAGGAUGGCCAGGUCAUCGGGCCCUCCCAGGAGACAGCAGGGGAGGCUGGAGCGCUGGACAAAUCCGUGCUGGGGGAGAUGGAAACUGACGUGAAGUCUCUGAUUCAGAGGGCCCUUCGGCAGCUGGAGGAAUGUGUGGGCACCGUUCCUCCCGCUCCUCUGCUUCACACUGUCCACGUGCUCAGUGCCUAUGCUAGCAUUGAGCCCCUCACUGGGGUCUUCAAAGACCCAAGGGUCCUGGACUUGCUCAUGCACAUGCUCAGCAGUCCCGAUUAUCAGAUUCGCUGGAGCGCAGGCCGGAUGAUUCAAGCCCUGGCCUCCCAUGAUGCUGGGACCCGGACCCAGAUCCUUUUCUCACUAAGCCAGCAAGAGGCCAUUGAGAAACACCUGGAUUUUGACAGCCGCUGUGCUCUGCUGGCACUGUUUGCACAGGCCACGCUCUCUGAACACCCGAUGUCUUUUGAGGGCAUUCAGCUGCCACAGGUCCCAGGAAGGCUGCUCUUCUCCCUGGUGAAGCACUAUUUGCAUGUCACCUUCCUCCUGGAUCAGUUGAAUGACACUGCUGCGGAACCAGGAGCCCCGAACUCCACUCCUGAGGAGCUGAGUGGGGAGAGGGGUCGCCUGGAGCUGGAGUUCAGCAUGGCCAUGGGCACGCUGAUCUCAGAGCUGGUGCAGGCCAUGCGCUGGGACCAGGUCUGGAGCAGACAGGGGCCCUCAGGACAGCCCUCCGGUUCCAUCUUCCAGCCCCAGCUGGUGGAUGAGGGCCCAGGGCUCCCACCUGCCCAGGCCUUGCCUUCCCGCAGGAGGUCAAGGAGAUUUCGACCUCGCUCUGAGUUCGCAAGUGGCAAUACCUAUGCCUUGUACGUGCGGGAUGCGCUGCAGCCGGGCAUGCGAGUGCGGAUGCUGGAUGACUAUGAAGAGAUCAGCGCAGGGGACGAGGGCGAGUUCCGGCAGAGCAACAAUGGCGUGCCCCCUGUGCAGGUGCUGUGGGAGUCAACAGGCCGCACCUAUUGGGUACACUGGCACAUGCUGGAGAUUCUGGGCUUUGAGGAAGACAUCGAGGAUGUGGUUGAGGCUGCUGAUGAGUACCAGGGGGCAGCGGUCAGUGGAGCCGUGGGUAUAGCCCUGCCGUCCUGGCGCUGGAAGCCCAUGACCGAGCUCUAUGCUGUGCCCUACGUGUUGCCUGAAGAUGAGGACGCUGAGGAGAGUGAACACCUGACCCAGGCCGAGUGGUGGGAGCUCCUCUUCUUCAUCAAGAAGCUGGAUGGCCCCGACCAUCAGGAGGUUCUCCAGAUCCUUCAGGAGAACCUGGAUGGGGAGGUUCUGGAUGACGAGAUCCUGGCUGAACUGGCUGUGCCCACAGAGUUGGCCCAAGACCUGCUAAUGGCUCUGCCACAGCGACUCGAUGACAGCGCCCUCAGGGACCUGCUCAACUGCCGCGUCUACAGGAAGUACGGGCCCGAGGCCCUGGCAGGGCAGCCGGUCCACCCGUCCCUGCUGGAAGCCUGGGCCCAGCCUCAGGAAUCAGCUGACGCAGCCAGAGUGGAAGCAAAGGAAGCCCCAACUCAGGGCUCCAACACACCACUGCAGCGUCUGGCAGAGGGUUUCGGUCCAGCUGGGAAAAUCUUUCUGGAUCUGGAGGGAGCGUUCCGCUCAGAGGGGCCCCGGCAGGGAGAGGCCAAGCCCCUUCUUCUGCAGCUGCAGCGGCAGCCCCAGCCCUUCCUCGUGCUCAUGCGGAGCCUCGACACUCCUGCUGCCAACAAGCCCCUGCACCUGGCCGUUCUGAGAAUCCUGAUGCAGCUGGUGGACUUCCCUGAGGCACUGCUGCUCCCCUGGCACGAAGCCAUGGACGCCUGCAUGGCCUGCCUGCGGUCCCCAAACACUGACCGAGAGGUGCUCCAGGAGCUGAUCCUCUUCCUGCACCGCCUGGCCUCCGUGAGCAGGGACUAUGCCGUGGUGCUCAAUCAGCUGGGAGCCCGGGAUGCCAUCUCCAAGGCCCUGGAAAAGCACCUGGGAAAGCUGGAGCUGGCUCAGGAGCUGCGGGACAUGGUGUUCAAGUGUGAGAAGCAUGCCCACCUCUACCGGAAGCUCACCACCAACAUCCUGGGAGGCUGUAUCCAGAUGGUGCUGGGCCAGAUCGAAGACCACAGACGAACCCACCGCCCCAUCAACAUCCCCUUCUUCGACGUGUUCCUCAGAUACCUGUGCCAGGGCUCCAGCAUGGAGAUGAAGGAGGACAAGUGCUGGGAGAAGGUGGAGGUGUCGUCCAACCCGCACCGGGCCAGCAAGCUGACGGACCGCAACCCCAAGACCUACUGGGAGUCCAACGGCAGCGCCGGCUCCCACCGUAUCACCCUGCACAUGCAGCAGGGCAUCCUCAUCAGGCAGCUGGCUCUGCUGGUGGCUAGCGAGGACUUGAGCUACAUGCCGGCUAGGGUGGUGGUGUUCGGGGGCGACAGCGCCACCUCCCUUAACACGGAACUCAACUCGGUGAAUGUGAUGCCCUCCGCAAGCCGGGUGGUCCUCCUGGAGAACCUGAGCCGCGUCUGGCCCGUCAUCCAGAUCCGCAUAAAGCGCUGCCAGCAGGGCGGCAUUGACACACGCAUUCGGGGGUUGGAGGUCCUGGGCCCCAAGCCCACGUUCUGGCCGGUGUUCCGGGAGCAGCUGUGCCGCCACACGCGCCUCUUCUACAUGGUCCGGGCGCAGGCUUGGAGCCAGGACAUCUCGGAGGACCGCAGGGGGCUCCUGCACCUGAGCUCCAGGCUCAACGGGGCCUUACGCCACGAGCAGAAUUUUGCCAGUCGCUUCCUCCCUGACGAAGAGGCUGCCCAGGCGCUGGGCAAGACCUGCUGGGAGGCCCUGGUCAGCCCCCUGGUGCAGAACAUCACCUGCCCUGGCCAGCCUCCCCCGCAGGCUCUGCGCACACAACCUGCCUUAGCUUGUUCUUCCGCGCCUCCAGAUGAAGAAGGCGUCAGCCCCCUGGGCUGGCUGUUGGACCAGUACCUGGAGUGUCGGGAGGCCGCCCACAACCCGCAGAGCCGCGCGGCGGCGUUCUCCUCCCGGGUGCGCCGCCUCACCCACCUGCUGGUGCACGUGGAGCCCUGCGAGGCGCCCUCCGCGGCGGUGGCCACGCCUCGGCCCAAGGGCAGAAACAGAAGCCACGACUGGAGCUCCCUGGCCACCCGGGGGCUUCCCAGCAGCAUCAUGAGAAACCUGACGCGCUGCUGGCGGGCGGUGGUGGAGGAGCAGGUUCACAGCUUUCUGACCUCACGCUGGCGGGACGAUGACUUUGUGCCCCGCUACUGUGAGCACUUCAGUAAUCUGCAGAAGUCGAGCUCCGAGCUGUUUGGGCCACGGGCAGCCUUUUUGCUGGCCCUGCAGAAUGGCUGUGCUGGGGCCCUGCUGAAGCUGCCUUUCCUCAGAGCUGCCCACGUGAGCGAGCAGUUUGCCCGGCACAUCGACCAGCGGAUCCAGGGCAGCCGGAUCGGUGGGGCCCGGGGAAUGGAGAUGCUGGCCCAACUGCAGCGAUGCCUGGAAACCGUCCUAAUCUUCUCUGGCCUGGAGAUAGCCACCACUUUCGAGCAUUACUACCAGCACUACAUGGCGGACCGUCUCCUGGGCGUGGGCUCCAGCUGGCUGGAGGGGGCCGUGCUGGAGCAGAUCGGCCCCUGCUUCCCCAACCGCCUCCCCCAGCAGAUGUUGCGGAGCCUGAGCACCUCCGAGGAGCUGCAGCGCCAGUUCCACGUAUACCAGCUCCAGCGGCUCGAUCAGGAACUCCUGAAGCUGGAGGACACAGAGAAGAAGAUACAGGUGAGCCGUGAUGCCAGCGCCAGUGGCAGGGGGCAUGAGAGAGGGACCGGGGAGGAAGCUGAGCUGGAAGCUGGGGCCGUGGCGGCGGCAGCAGCAGCUGGCGUGGCAGGGGAGGAGGAGGAGGAGGACGAGAGCGAGGAUCUCUACUACGAAGGGGCGAUGCCAGAAGUGUCUGUGCUCGUCCUGUCACCACGCUGCUGGCCCACCGCCUCCAUCUGCCACACACUCAACCCCAGAACCUGCCUGCCUGCCUACCUGAGGGGCACCUUGAACCGAUACUCCAACUUCUACAACAAGCGUCAGAGCUACCCUGCCCUGGAGCGGGCCCCGCAAAGGCGACUGCAGUGGACGUGGCUGGGCCGGGCAGAGCUGCAGUUUGGGGACCAGACGCUGCAUGUGUCCACCUUGCAGAUGUGGCUGCUGCUGCAUUUCAACGAGCUGAAGGCGGUCUCUGUGGAGAGUCUGCUGGCACUCUCAGGGCUCCCUCCAGACGUGCUGAAUCAGGCAAUUGGGCCUCUGACUUCCUCAAGGGGCCCCCUGGACCUUAAUGAGACAAAGGACACCCCAGCAGGGUUGCUCAAGAUUCGAGACGGCAGCGAGGAACCCAGGCCUCGGAGGGGCAACGUGUGGCUCAUCCCAGCUCAGACAUACCUGAAAGCUGAGGACGAAGAGGGCCGGAACUUGGAGAAGAGACGGAACCUUCUCAACUGCCUCAUUGUCCGAAUCCUCAAAGCCCACGGGGACGAGGGGCUGCACAUUGACCAGCUCGUCUGCCUGGUGCUGGAGGCUUGGCAGAAGGGCCCGUGUCCUCCCAGAGGCCUGGUCAGCAGCCUUGGCAGGGGGUCCACCUGCGGCAGUGCUGACGUCCUCUCCUGCAUCCUGCACCUGCUGGGCAAGGGCACGCUGAGACGCCAGGACGACCGGCCCCAGAUGCUGUCCUACGCGGUUCCCGUGACUGUCAUGGAGCCUCGCACCGAGUCCCUAAACCCAGGCUCCUUGGGCCCCAACCCACCCCUCACCUUCCACACCCUGCAGAUUCGCUCCCGGGGCGUGCCCUACGCCUCCUGCACAAGCACCCAGAGCUUCUCUACCUUCCGGUAGCCCUGGAGACAGGGUCAGGGCUAGGUAGGGCCGGAGCUUUCCACAGAAUAAAAUGGAGGAGUUCGAUGACUUGGCCUGUGUGCUAACUGCCAGGGGUCUGCCAAGGGUGGGGACUUUCCUGGCUGAAAGGAGACAGGAGCCCUCAGCUCCGAGGCUGAAUCAUGCCACGCCGGGGGCCUUUGGGUGAGGAUGGCAGGCUCUGUGGGACUGAGCACCCCUCUCAGCCGGGGGAAUUAAGUGGACUCCAGGGGUGGGCCUUCUCGGAGGGUUACGUGGUCAGAAGAGCUUUCACCUGGCAGGCUGGAGAGUCAAGCCCAUCUUGCUACGAGCUGGAUGGCUUGCAACUUCAGCAGAUCAUCAAGCAGGGAUCUAUUUUCCUCGUUUGUGGAACUGAUUGGACACUGUGCCUUCCGGAGCUAAGGCUGAUGGGGGAAGGUGAGAUAAAGGGCCCUUGUGGCCACUGCAGGCCCCCAGGACCUUAAUGUGUUCCACCUGGAAGCUCUAGGAUCUGGGUUAGAAGGAAUUGCAGCUCCCAUGGCUCAUCCUUGCCCCUGUCCACUCCCGCGCACCAGUAGCCUUCCCUGCCCUCAGGACUUUCUGUCUCUGUAGGGCACACAGUCCCAGGCUGUGACUUUUGCUUCCGUGACCCUUAUAGCCCUUGAGCUGGUUUGCACACUAAGGACCACAUAAUGAUCCCAUUUAUAGUCCUGUCUAUCCCCCAGUCGGCCAGUCUAGAAACAGAAUGUGGUUUAGUGGUUGCCUAUAGUUGGGGGGAUUGGGAAAAACUGAGGAGUAACUGCUACAAAGUAUGGCAUUUCUUUUGGGGGUGUUGAAAAUGUUAAAAAAAAUUGUGGUGAUGGUCACUCAAUUCUGUGAAUAUAUUAAAAAUCACUGAACUGUUAACACUUUAAAUGGAUCAAGUAUAUGGUAUGUGAAUUGUAUCUCAACAAAGCUGUUAAAUAAAAACCAAAACCAACCAAACCAA